AUGUCUUCUCGCUAUGAUACGCGUACCACCAUGUUCUCCCCGGAGGGGCGUCUCUAUCAGGUGGAGUACGCAUCAGAGGCGACCCGGCAAGCCGGCACAGUGAUUGGCGUGCGCACUGCAGAGGGCAUCGCUUUGAUAGCCGAGCGCAUGCUGCAAAACGAACUCUUUGACGAUGAAAAUCCCCAGGAUAAGGAUAUUAGUGGUGAGAAGGUGUUCCGGAUCGAUGACCACCUCGGCUGCAGCGUCGCCGGCGUCACCUCAGACGCGUAUGCACUCAUCAACCAGGCCCGCCUGACCGCCCAGCGGCACUACUACACCUUCCACGAGCCCAUGGCGGCCGAGGACCUCUGCCGGGCAAUCUGCGACGAGAAGCAGCUCUACACGCAGUACGGCGGGGUGCGGCCGUUCGGGGUGUCCUUUCUCAUCGUGGGAUGGGACCGCUACCACGGCUACCAGCUCUACUCCACCGAGCCGAGCGGGGACUACGGCGCGUGGCUGGCCUGUGCAAUCGGCCAGAGCGACAAGGUCGCCCAGGCCAUGCUGAAGAAGGACUGGAAGCCGGACAUGACCCUGACGGAGGGCAUCCUCCUAGGCCUCCGUGUCAUGAGCAAAACCAUGGACAACGUCAAGCUCAGCAUGGAGCGGGUGGAGGUGGCGGUGCUUCGCAAGGUGCCGGCCCCCACCGAGCAGCGCCUGCUCGACCCUUACCGCGAGCACGUAAGCAUGGUGCCCAACUUCCAUAUCAUGACCUCGGAGGACCUCAAGCCUCUGUUAGCGGAGGCUGAGAGGCAGCGUGCCGCUGAGGAGGCGGCAGAAGAUGAGCGGCAACGCCAGCAAGAGGCCGCCCUUGAAGCCUCAUGA